AGCUGCGCGAGGGACUAGACCCUCGGGUUGCCGAACUCCGGCCCGGGGCCGCCGCGCGCCCAGCGCGCCAGUGACCGAGGGGAGGCGCGGCGGACGUGGGCGCAAACAUGUCUGGAGAGGUGCGCCUGCGGCAGCUGGAGCAGUUCAUCCUGGACGGGCCCGCGCAGACCAACGGCCAGUGCUUCAGCGUCGAGACGCUGCUGGACAUCCUCAUCUGCCUGUACGAUGAGUGCAACAACUCUCCCCUUCGAAGGGAGAAGAACAUUCUCGAAUACCUGGAGUGGGCCAAACCGUUUACUUCUAAAGUGAAACAGAUGCGACUACAUAGAGAAGACUUUGAGAUUUUGAAGGUGAUUGGUCGAGGGGCUUUUGGAGAGGUUGCUGUAGUGAAACUAAAAAAUGCAGAUAAGGUAUUUGCCAUGAAAAUAUUGAAUAAAUGGGAAAUGCUGAAAAGAGCUGAGACAGCAUGUUUUCGUGAAGAAAGGGACGUCUUAGUGAAUGGAGAUAACAAAUGGAUUACAACCUUGCAUUAUGCUUUCCAGGAUGACAAUAACUUAUACCUGGUUAUGGACUAUUAUGUGGGUGGUGAUUUGCUGACCCUGCUCAGCAAAUUUGAAGACAGACUGCCCGAGGACAUGGCUCGGUUUUACUUGGCCGAGAUGGUGAUCGCCAUCGACUCCGUUCAUCAGCUGCACUAUGUGCACAGGGACAUCAAACCUGACAAUAUAUUGAUGGAUAUGAAUGGACAUAUUCGGUUAGCAGAUUUUGGUUCUUGUCUGAAGCUGAUGGAAGAUGGAACGGUCCAGUCUUCAGUGGCUGUUGGAACUCCAGAUUAUAUCUCUCCUGAAAUCCUUCAAGCCAUGGAGGAUGGAAAAGGCAGAUAUGGACCUGAGUGUGACUGGUGGUCUUUGGGGGUCUGUAUGUACGAAAUGCUUUAUGGAGAAACACCGUUUUAUGCGGAAUCUCUGGUGGAGACAUACGGAAAAAUCAUGAAUCAUAAAGAGAGAUUUCAGUUUCCAGCUCAAGUGACCGACGUGUCUGAAAAUGCUAAGGAUCUUAUUCGAAGGCUCAUUUGCAGCAGAGAACACCGACUGGGGCAAAACGGCAUAGAAGACUUUAAGAAACAUCCCUUUUUCAAUGGAAUUGAUUGGGAUAAUAUUCGAAACUGUGAAGCACCGUAUAUUCCAGAAGUUAGUAGCCCAACAGAUACAUCAAAUUUUGAUGUGGAUGAUGAUUGUCUUAAGAAUUCUGAAACGAUGCCUCCCCCAACACAUACCGCCUUUUCGGGCCACCACCUGCCAUUUGUGGGUUUCACAUACACUAGUAGCUGCGUUCUUUCGGACCGGAGCUGUUUGCGAGUGACCGCGGGGCCUGCCUCGCUGGACCUGGACGUCAGCGUCCAGAGGACCCUGGACAACACCUUGGCCACUGAGGCUUACGAGAGAAGAAUCAAGCGCCUGGAGCAGGAAAAACUUGAACUUGGCAGAAAGCUUCAAGAGUCAACACAGACAGUUCAAGCUCUGCAAUAUUCAACUGCUGACGGUCCGCUAACGGCAAGCAAAGAUUUAGAAAUCAAAGCCUUAAAAGAAGAAAUUGAAAAACUAAGGAAACAAGUAAGAGAUGCAAGUCACUUGGAACAGCAACUUGAGGAAGCCCACGCUGUGAGGGGGGAGCUAGAUGAUGCUUUUAGACAAAUCAAGGCUUAUGAAAAACAAAUCAAAACACUGCAGCAAGAAAGGGAAGAGUUAAACAAGGAACUAGUCCAGGCUAGUGAGCGAUUAAAAAACCAGUCCAAAGAGCUGAAAGACGCACACUGUCAGAGGAAACUGGCCAUGCAGGAAUUCAUGGAGAUCAAUGAGCGGCUGACAGAGUUGCACACCCAAAAACAGAAACUUGCUCGCCAUGUGCGAGAUAAGGAAGAAGAGGUGGACCUGGUGAUGCAAAAAGUUGAAAGCUUAAGGCAAGAACUGCGCAGGACAGAGAGAGCCAAGAAAGAGCUGGAAGUGCGUUCCGAAGCUGUGGCAGCCGAGGCAUCUAAAGACAGGAAGCUGCGUGAACAGAGCGAGCACUAUUCUAAGCAGUUGGAAAACGAAUUGGAGGGACUAAAGCAAAAACAAAUUAGUUACUCACCAGGACUGUGCAGCAUAGAACAUCAGCAAGAGAUCACCAAACUAAAGACCGAUUUAGAAAAGAAAAGUAUCUUUUAUGAAGAAGAAUUGUCUAAAAGAGAAGGAAUACACGCCAAUGAAAUUAAAAACCUGAAGAAAGAACUUCACGACUCAGAAGGCCAGCAACUUGCUCUCAACAAGGAAAUUAUGAUUUUGAAAGACAAAUUGGAAAAAAAUAGGAGAGAGAGUCAAAGCGAACGGGAAGAAUUUGAAAAUGAGUUCAAACAACAGUACGAACGAGAAAAAGUGUUGUUAACUGAAGAAAAUAAGAAACUGACGAGUGAACUCGAUAAGCUCACCACGUUGUAUGAGAACUUAAGUAUACGCAACCAGCAGUUAGAAGAAGAGGUAAAAGACCUAGCAGACAAGAAAGAAUCAGUUGCACAUUGGGAAGCCCAAAUCACAGAAAUCAUUCAGUGGGUCAGUGACGAAAAGGACGCACGAGGCUAUCUUCAGGCCUUGGCUUCCAAAAUGACUGAAGAGUUGGAAGCCUUAAGGAAUUCCAGCUUGGGUGCGCGAGCAACAGACAUGCCCUGGAAAAUGCGUCGUUUUGCAAAAUUGGACAUGUCAGCGAGACUGGAGUUGCAGUCAGCCCUGGACGCAGAAAUAAGAGCUAAACAGGCCAUCCAGGAAGAGCUGAAUAAAGUUAAAGCAUCUAACAUCAUCACAGAAUGUAAACUGAAAGACUCAGAGAAGAAGAACUUGGAGCUACUAUCAGAAAUCGAGCAGCUAAUAAAGGACACUGAAGAGCUUAGAUUGGAAAAGGGUAUAGAGCACCGAGACUCACGGCAUUCUUUCUUGGCAUUUUUGAAUACGCCUACCGAUGGUGCGGAUCAACUCGAAGAUUCCUUUUCUUCUUCCUCAUCUUCACUGAUUGAGUUUUUGGAUGACCGCCCUCCGUCCUGCACUCCAGCUAGCAAAGGCAGACGUCCUGUAGACAGCACUCCACUUCCUGUUCACACACCCACCUUAAGGAAGAAGGGAUGUCCUGGCUCAACGGGCCUUCCAGCUAAGCGCAAGACCCAUCAGUUUUUUGUCAAAUCUUUUACUACGCCUACCAGAUGUCAUCAGUGCACCUCCCUGAUGGUGGGUCUCAUAAGGCAGGGCUGCUCCUGUGAAGUGUGCGGAUUCUCAUGUCAUAUCACUUGUGUAAACAAAGCUCCAACUGCUUGUCCGGUCCCUCCUGAGCAGACAAAAGGUCCUCUGGGGAUAGAUCCCCAGAAAGGAAUAGGAACAGCAUAUGAAGGUCAUGUCAGGAUCCCUAAGCCAGCAGGAGUGAAGAAAGGAUGGCAAAGAGCAUUGGCUGUGGUUUGUGACUUUAAACUCUUCCUGUACGAUGUUCCUGAAGGAAAAGCGUCUCAACCCAGUGUUGUGGUCAGUCAGGUGAUUGACAUGAGGGAUGAAGAAUUUUCUGUGAGUUCUGUCUUGGCUUCUGAUGUCAUUCAUGCAAGUCGGAAAGAUAUACCCUGUAUAUUUAGAGUCACAGCUUCCCAGCUCUCGGCGUCUGACAGCAGGUGUUCGAUCCUGAUGCUCGCGGAGAGCGAGAGCGAGAGGAACAAGUGGGUGGGCGUGCUCAGCGAGCUGCACAAGAUUUUGAAGAAAAGCAAAUUCCGAGACCGCUCCGUCUAUGUCCCCAAGGAGGCUUAUGACAGCACUCUACCGCUCAUUAAGACAACCCAGGCAGCUGCGAUCAUAGACCAUGAAAGGAUCGCAUUGGGAAACGAAGAAGGGUUAUUUGUUGUGCAUGUGACGAAAGAUGAAAUCAUCCGAGUCGGGGACAACAAGAAGGUCCACCAGAUUGAACUCAUUCCCAGCGACCAGCUUGUCGUCGUCAUCUCGGGACGGAAUCGUCACGUGCGCCUUUUUCCCAUGUCCGCUUUGGACGGGCGAGAGACUGAAUUUUACAAGCUGGCAGAAACGAAAGGCUGUCAGACCAUAACUUCGGGCAAGGUGUGCCACGGAGCUCUCACGUGCCUGUGUGUGGCCAUGAAAAGGCAGGUCCUCUGUUACGAACUAUUUCAGAGCAAGACCCGUCACCGAAAAUUUAAGGAAAUUCAAGUCCCGUAUAACGUGCAGUGGAUGGCGAUCUUCAGCGAGCAGCUGUGCGUGGGGUUCCAGUCGGGCUUCCUGAGGUACCCCCUGAGUGGAGAAGGGGGGCCGUACAGUCUGCUGCACUCAAAUGACCACACGCUGUCGUUCAUCGCGCACCAGCCGAUGGACGCCAUGUGCGCGGUUGAGAUCUCCAGCAAAGAGUACCUGCUGUGUUUUAACAGCGUCGGGGUGUACACGGACUGCCAGGGCCGGAGGUCCAGGCAGCAGGAGCUCGUGUGGCCGGCCAGCCCCUCCUCCUGUUGCUACAGUGCACCGUACCUCUCGGUGUACAGUGAAAACGCCGUCGAUAUCUUCGACGUGAACUCCAUGGAAUGGAUUCAGACUCUCCCACUCAAAAAGGUUCGACCCUUAAACAGUGAAGGAUCGCUAAACCUUUUAGGGCUGGAGACCAUCAGGUUAAUAUAUUUCAAAAAUAAGAUGGCAGAAGGAGAUGAACUGGUGGUUCCGGAAACCUCGGAUAACAGUCGGAAGCAGAUGGUUAGAAAUAUUAACAAUAAGCGACGCUACUCCUUCAGGGUCCCAGAAGAGGAGAGAGUGCAGCAGAGGAGAGAGAUGCUACGAGAUCCAGAAAUGAGAAAUAAAUUAAUUUCUAACCCAACUAAUUUUAACCACAUAGCACACAUGGGCCCAGGAGAUGGGAUUCAGAUCCUAAAAGACCUGCCCAUGCCAGGCCUCCCUUAUCCACCCUCUCUCCACUCCGGCCUCAUCUCCUCUCCGGUCAACUUUGAGCACAUCUAUCACAUGACUGUUAAUUCUGCUGAAAAAUUUCUCUCUCCUGAUUCCAUAAACCCUGAGUAUUCCCCGUCUCUACGCUCUGCCCCCGGUACACCCAGCUUUAUGACUCUGAGGAACCCUCGGCCUCAGGAAAGCCGGGCCGUGUUCAGCGGCUCGGUCAGUAUCCCGUCUAUCACCAAAUCCCGCCCUGAGCCCGGCCGCUCCAUGAGCGCCAGCAGCGGCCUGUCAGCAAGAUCGUCGGCCCAGAACGGCAGUGCGCUGAAGAGAGAGUUCUCUGGCGGGAGUUACAGUGCCAAGUGGCCGCCCGUGCCGUCCCCGUCUGAGGGCUCCCUGUCAUCUGGGGGCAUGGACCAGGGGAGCGACGCCCCGGUCAGGGACUUUGACGGAGAGGACUCGGACUCCCCGAGGCAUUCCACAGCCUCCAACAGCUCCAACCUGAGCAGCCCACCCAGCCCCGCGUCGCCCCACAAGACCAAGAGCCUGUCCCUGGAGAGCACAGACCGUGGGGGCUGGGACUCGUGAGUGGCCUCAGCGCUCACGGUGGACGCCAGAGCAGUGUCUCCCCCCCACCCGCAGCCCCUUCACCCCUCGCCCCUGCCCGGGAUGCCGGGCCGGGCAGCAGGAGCAGCGUGGGGGUUCGGGAAUGCGGACAAUGCACCUGCAGCCCCACGCCCCCCUUGCCCCCCCACCCCAACAGCAACAACCACAAAGGCAGACUUUAACUGAGCAGCUUCGAUGAAUAUCAAUUCCAUUUCAUACACCUAGAGUUGCUUUCCACAUAGUUGCCCCUCCCAAAGGUAGCUUGAGUAGACGGACCCCAUGACGGCACGGGGAGAACGUCCGGCAAACUGGUGUCCGCAGGGGGAGCGGCACCGGCGCCCGUGGUGGCCGUCUGCCCAGUCGUCGCCAGUAAAUCCUUACUCACUAAAGCAGGCAUAUUUUACUACAAUACAGAGUUUAAAUAAGUACACAAAUGUAGAGGUUAAAUACUGAAUGUACAUAGUAAAAAGCAUCUUGUAUUCAACAAAAGAUGGAUACGUAUAUAAGAGAGAGAUCAUUUAAUUUAAA